UCUCCUUGCUGGGCUUCCCCUCUUUGUUCCUUCCCCGCCCCCUUUCCUCCUUCCUUCUUCUCCUUCUCCUUCUCCUGCUGGAGCUCACCCUCCACGUCCCAGCUCCCCCCUUUGCCCGGUUCGCCAUGCCGAGCCUGGUCGUGUCGGGGAUCAUGGAACGGAACGGGGGCUUCGGGGACCUGGGCUGCUUCCCGGGGAGCAGCAGUGGCAGCAGCAGCAGCAGCGGAGGGAGCAGCAAUAGCAGCAACGGAGGCGGCGGCGGCGGCGGCGGGAGCAGCAACAGCGGCGGAGGAAUCAGCGUUGUAAGCGGAGGAGGCGGCAGCAAGGAGCGGGCGCUGCUGGAGGACGAGCGGGCGCUGCAGAUGGCCCUCGACCAGCUCUGCCUCCUCGGACUGGCCGAGCCCGUCGUCUCCGGGGCCGUGCUGGCGGCGGCCGGGAACGCAGUGGCUGCCCUGGCCGGGGACGACACCCCCCUCUCCGCCCCCAAGGGGCCCACCCCCUCGCCUUCCUCCUCCUCGUCUUCCUCUUCCUCCUCCUCUUCUUCCUCCUCGGUGUCGGUGCUCCCGGCGCCCCCUCCCCCGCCGCCCCCUCCUCCCCCUCCGCCGCCGCCGCCCCCUCCGCCCCCGCCGCCCUGCAACACGCCCGGGGCCGGAGCCACCCCCUCCUCCUCCUCCGCCGCCGCCCCCUCCUCGGGGGAGGCCGGGAAGCUGUGCGUGCUCUACAAGGAGGCCGAGCUGCGCCUCAAGAGCAGCUCCAACACCACCGAGUGCGUCCCGGUGCCCAGCUCCGAGCACGUGGCCGAGAUCGUCGGGAGGCAAGGCUGCAAAAUCAAGGCCUUGAGGGCCAAGACCAACACCUACAUCAAGACCCCAGUGCGAGGCGAGGAGCCUGUCUUCAUGGUGACCGGGCGGAGGGAGGACGUGGCCAUGGCGCGGAGGGAGAUCAUCUCGGCUGCCGAGCACUUCUCCAUGAUCCGGGCUUCUCGCAACAAGGCCGGCAGCACCUUUGGGAGCGCCCCCACGCUGCCGGGGCAGGUCACCAUCCGGGUCCGGGUCCCGUACCGCGUGGUGGGGCUGGUGGUGGGGCCCAAAGGCGCCACCAUCAAGCGGAUCCAGCAGCAGACCAACACCUACAUCAUCACACCCAGCCGGGACCGCGACCCUGUCUUCGAGAUCACAGGAGCGCCGGGCAACGUGGAGCGGGCGCGCGAGGAGAUCGAGACCCACAUCGCCGUCCGGACGGGCAAGAUCCUGGAGUACAACAACGAGAACGACUUCCUGUCCAGCAGCCCAGACUCAGGCCUGGAGAACCGCUACUCGGAGGCCUGGCGCGUCCACACUCCCGCUCCCGGCUGCAAGCCCCUCUCCACCUUCCGCCAGAACAGCCUGGGCUGCAUCGGGGACUGCUCCGUGGACCCUGCCUAUGAGACGCCCCGUCUCAACGACCAAAACGACUUCAAUUACAGUUACCUCUUCCCCAACUACGGAGUCAACAAGCAAGACCUGUACUAUGGGGUCCCGGAGUCGGGGGCUCCGCUGUGGGCCGGGCAGGAGAACACCAACCCGGUCUCCAUCCUCUUCUCCAAGCAGCAGCAGCAGCAGCAACGGUCCGGCAGCGUGGGCGCCCUCCACGCCAACUCCCACCGCUCCCCGUCCUCCUCCUCCUCCCUCCCCGAGCCUCCGCUCUCCGGGCUUCCCCGGCGGUCGCAGGGGGAGACUCUGCCGGGCUUCUCCAAGUUGGGCGCCUCCUCGGCCGGCGCCGGCCGGACGCCCCUCUCCAGCAGCCGGGAGUGCAUGGUCUGCUUCGAGAGCGAGGUGACCGCCGCCCUGGUCCCCUGCGGCCACAACCUCUUCUGCAUGGAGUGCGCCGUCCGGAUCUGCGAGCGGACCGACCCCGAGUGCCCUGUGUGCCACGCGGCGGCCACGCAGGCCAUACGAAUAUUUUCUUAAAACAAAGACUGACACGCAAGCCCACCAAGAAAGAAAGAAACCAACCAACAAAACCACGAGAGACAGACAGACAGACAGACAAGGCAGGCAGGCAGCAUUUGGGGAUAAAUUUGGAGUGGGUGACAGGACGGGAGGGAGAGAGAGAACGAGACAGAACGAGACACAAAUCAGACAUCAGAAAGGAAAUUAAUUUUAAAAAGAAGAAAGAAAGAAAUUAUUUUAGCAGUGUAUGUUAUUUUUAAAGCCAAUAACGAUGAGGAGGGUGGUGGUGGUGAUAGUGGUGGAGACGGAAAAGGAGGCGGGAGGAGGUAGAACUAUUAGCAGAGGCCAUGGCCACGCAGGAGCUUGGGAACGAACGGAGGACUCUUCAUCCCGUAGAGAACGGGGAGGUUUGGGGCGAGACCGGGGCGGGGUCCGCAGCGGAGAGAGGAGUCGGAAGGGGUCCGAAGAUGGCCGGAAGUGGCCGCAUCGGGAAGCGAAAGAGGACAGGAUCUGACCACAACAAAGGAGGAGGAGGAGGAGUAGGGACACCGUCCGCCUUUGGGAACCUAAUCAAACGAGGGCACAACUGUAUUACCUCAAACAUUUCAAAAGAAAAUAAGAA